UAUCCUUAUGUUAAAUUUGCAUUAUCUGAACAAAACAUUUACUUUAUUCAUAUCUGUUUUAUAUAUCUCAUCGGUCCUGACACCCCUGUGUAAAUUCGAACCCUCCCCCCAAUUUCAGUUCCUGGCGAAACCACUGGCUGGGACAGAAUGCCACACCCAGAAGAUGUGUGCGUUACACAGGCACUUCAGUUGUAUGUAUAUGUUGGUUGCUCCAUAUGCCCUUGUAAUGGUGCAAAUCACUGCAGAUCGUUUAGCAGGGGAACACCUAUGCCGUAUCCCUGCACAGGGCUCCUUUCAUCCGCUGUUGGAUCAUUGCAUUGUGGGCGUCAGCACAGCUUCCCAGAGCCCGGACACAAACACCUGAUGAACAGUUGGCAGAGUCCUAAAGGGUCAACACUUCUUCUAUGAAAGCUCCCAACACACAUUUCUGGGUCCUCCAGGGAGUCCUCCAGCAAAACCAGGGAAGCUCAGAUUUGAUAUUUUGGGCAUUCCAUGGUAAACACCAGACAGAGCUGCCCCCUUCACCCCAACAGGCCUUCUCCAGGCACCAGAAAGAAGCAAAAAAGGGCACAAACCUACUUUUUUUCCGCUUACUUCAAUAAAUAAAACAAACCCCAAACAGUGGAGAUUUGUGAGGAAAUAGUGCAAAUGCUGGUGGCAGAGAACCUUUGCUAUGGCCAAAGUGCUGACAGGAGGAGCUGGGCACCUGCCCCAUAAUCAAUUGAGGUAUCCGGGGAAGUCCUGUGGGAAUACGCAAAGGGAUGGGAUUUCCAAAAGUGCUCAGUAUUGGCUUGACUCUGCUCCAGUUUAAGUCAAUGGAAGUUUUACUAUUUCCCUGGGAGCAGAGAGUUAGGUCAACCGAGAGGCCCAGGACGAUGAAGGUAUUUAGAUUCCUAACUCCCAUAGAAAUCAAUGGGCGUUAGGUGCCUUUGUGGAUCUGGUGCUGAAUGCUUUUGCAGAUUGCAUGCGAGGUGCCUACACAUAUCUGGGAGGCAGGGAUGUAUGAACCCCUGGGUAGGUGCUGAGCUCUGCUCAGGGAUAGAGGAGGGAUGGCUUGUGUCUCCUGGUGCUGCCAGGAGUCCAUCUGGCCCCCAGCACAGAAUAGAGCGGCACUACCAGCUUUCCUAGCUUGUGACCUGGCUGCAAGAGCCCCCCAGGGAUACCCUGACCACCACCUUCCUGCCUCCACCCUGGGGACACCUGCAGGGUGGGAGGGCUGCAGCACUGCUAUGUCAAUUGCACUGGCUGAGGAAGCCUGUAGGUUUUCUGUAGAUUUUCUUUGCAUUUCCAUCCAUGCCAGCAGAAAGUGACCACCGUGCACCAAGGAAUCCCUUGUCAGCUUCCAUCUGGCUGCUACCUCCUCUCCUUGCUGCUAGCAGUGGGGACAUGGCAGUUCUGGGCUGUUUGAUAAAUGCAGCCUCUGACACCUGUUCUCCUUCUCUUAGGGAUGCCCACACAAUGGGUCUCUGAGUCGUCCUGAGUGCAAUGAGUUUGUGGUUCUCAGUCCAGUUCCUAGUGGACCCACUUGACUCAAUCCACCCUGCGACUGGAAGUGGUUAUCUCCCUUGGCUGGCAGCAUUAGCAGCCUGAAAGGAUCAAAGAGGAUGACCCCUCUUGGGACAGCGUGUGUGCGGUGGGGCAGCUUGCCCUGUUGGUGCCCCUGCUGUACUCGUUCUGCAGUGAGAUGGCCAGGUUGCGGUGUCCAGGAGGUGUCACUGUCCCCUCUAUCCCACCAUGUUCACAAUGGGAUCUUUCCAGUCCUAGUGGGUUGGCUUUGUCCUUUCACCCUAAAGAUAUCAUUGAGCCCAGCCUCCUCCAGCCUGGUUGGCAGCCGCACCCUCGCUUUAGGAGCCCUGUUUGACUCCACAUGACUCAUGCAGUGUGUGUGUGCAUAGAGGCGGGGCUUUCUUCCUCCAGGCUUUCCUUCCUGCUGGGGACAGGAGUCUGGAGAGCACUUUAAUACACUACACCUGCAACCCAGAUGGUGCAGGGCCAGAGGCAUCUGCUGCAGAUGGUGCUGCGCCUGUAAAACUUCUCAGCAAUGCAAGAGCAGAGUGAAUAGAAUGGCUUCCAACCAACAGACUGCCGUGAGCGAAGAUAAUAUUGUAGCCUUCAGAAAACACAUGGAUAAUUAUACAUCUGGGGAGCUAAAGAGGCUGAGCGAGCAUUUCCGCCCUGACUUGGUCUACGUCAUAGAGAACGACAUUCUCACUGUGCUGCAGGAACUCACCAGCAGAUGCAUCAUCACUGCUCAGCAGGCCCAGGAUUACUGUGACUGGGAGAGGAACCACAACUCAGCCAGCGCUGCAGAGAAGCUGGCAGAUGACAUUUUGGCUAUGAACCAGGCCGCAGGGCUGGGUCUCUGGGAGUGUCUGUUUGCUCUGCAAAGCAGGUGGGCUCACCCCAAUCUCCAUGGGAUGCUGGAGGAAAUCAUUCAGAAUGGUCAAAAUCUGUUAAAGGAAAAUCUCCUGAAUGAAAAUGGGCACACUCUUGAUGCUGAACUGAAAGUUUGCCAAAAAAAGCACAAAGAUAAUCUCUGUGACCUGACAUGGAUGAUGAAGGAAAACAGGAGCUCAGAGACGUCGCGGGGACCUCAGCCUCCCUCCAUCUCUAGUCACUAUGUGGAGCUGAAGGUUGUCUCAGACUGUCACUUCAAGAAGCAGACACACCAGGAGCAUGAGGCUCUGGCCGCGGCUGGGGAGCUGAAUGAAUAUCGUCUCCAGAGGAGAAUGAAGAGUGAGCUGGAGCGCAUCACCCCUGACCGGCUCUUCCGCUGGUGCUUUCGAACCCGCCGUCUCCCCCUGUCUGUGAUGGUGAGUGGAGUAGCUGGCGUGGGCAAGACAACCCUGGUGCAGAAGUUCAUCUUUGACUGGGCAACAGGGAAGCACUACCAGAAAUUUGCCUUUGUUUUCUUCUUCAAGUUCCGAGACCUGAACGCUAUUAUUGAGAAGAGGAGCCUAGAAUCUCUGCUCUGUCAAACAUAUCCACACCUCCGGGACAAGCUCCCUAGAGUCCUGGAAGACCCUGAGAAGUUGCUCUUCAUCUUUGAUGGCUUGGAUGAGAGCAAGACUGAUUUGAAAUUAAACAGAGGUGGAUCCCAGGAGCUGUGUAGGAAUCCAGAGGAUGUGAAGCCAGUUACUGUGAUUGUCACCAGCCUGCUGAAACAGACUCUGCUGAAGGGAUGUUCUGUGCUGCUGACCAGCCGCCCCAGCAAGUUGAGCAGUUUGGAGGCUGGAGUCUUCCAUAGAGUGGCCAGUAUCGUGGGCUUCCUCUCCAAGGAAAGGGAAAGAUACUUUUCCAUGUUCUUUGGAGAUGAGCGAGUCUCCAGGGAGGCCUUCGCAUAUGUGAGGGACAGUCAGGUUCUGUACACGUUAUGCUACAACCCGUCUUACUGCUGGAUCACAUGCAUGGCCCUGAAACCCUGCUUCACUACCAAGGCAGGGAGACCACAGUCUGCACCCAAAACAGUGGCCCAGCUCUUUGUCAGCUACGUCACCCAUAUUAUGGCCAGUCAUACACAGGAGCGGCCUGAACCUCAGAGGAUGCGAGAUAUAUUGAUAAGUGUCGGAUGGUUGGCUGAAUACGGCAUCACAAACCACAUUCUAGUCUUUGAUCUGAAGUAUUUACAGGAUUUCAAUGUGGAGUUUUCUCCAUUCCUCAGUGGCUUCUUGGUGGAGAACCCUCAAACCAAUGACUCUUCCCAGGUGACCUACUCCUUCCUUCACCUCACCAUCCAGGAGUUCUUUGCUGCCCUCGUGCAUUACCUAGAUUACAAGGAGGACAAGUUCAGAGACACAGUGGCUAAAUCCAGGUCCUGUAAGGAAGGUGACUAUGAGAUCUUCUCUCGCUUCCUGGCUGGGUUCUCCCAUCCUGCAACCAAGAUGCCGCUGGAGAGAUAUGUGGGGAAGUUCUCUGCAGAGGCAACUCGCAAGGUUAUUGGGUGGCUCGGUGAGAUAAACUAUGAAGAGCUGCAAAGCCCAGAAGAGCCCGAGGGGAAGAGGAGGCUGAUGAACAUAUUCAAUUUGUUUUUUGAAUCCCAGAACAGCCAACUUGUGCGUGAUGUGGUGGGUAAAGCUGCCCACAUGGACUUCUCUGACUUAUACCUCAUGCCGGUGGAUUGCACAGUCCUUGCUUAUGUGCUGAGUUGCUGUGAAGAAAUACAGCACCUAACCCUAGAUUCAUGCUUCAUCCAGAGCGAGGGUCUGGAGCGACUCAGAGCUGAGCUGCACAAAGUCAGAGAACUGAGCCUCCUGGAUAACGAUCUGAAGGAUCCUACAAUGAAGGAUAUUUGCAAGGCCCUAAAGCACCAGAACUGUAGGCUAGAGACUCUGAGCCUAGGGAGGAACGCGUUCACUGAACAGUGCUGUGAAGAGCUGGCAUCUGCCCUUGCAGAAAACCGGACCCUCCUGAGUCUUGAACUCAAGAAGAAUAAACUGCGGACAAUGGGCCUUUCUUACCUGUUAAGGGUGUUUGAGUCCCCAGAGUGCAAGAUUUGGAAAUUAGGCCUCCAGGGAACUGGUUUGUCAGAUGAAUCCUGCGGGAGCCUCUGCUCUGCUCUCUCCAAAAACUCCAGCCUCCGGCAUCUGAACCUGAGUGCGAAUAUGUUCACUGAUCGCUGUGCUGAAGAAGUGCAUCUCCUUAUCCUGACGUGCCCUAGCCUCACUGAGAUCAGGCUAGGUUUGAAUGACUUCUCUCCAGAGGUGGAAAAGCAGCUGAAGAACGUGCAGAGAGAACGGCUGGACAUUCAUUUUUAAAGAACAGAGCUGUUCUGUUCCAUGCUGUGAAAGCAGCACUGGAUGCUAGUGAUGCACUGCCUGGUGCAGUGUCUACUGCCUGUGAUUCAGUGUGAGGGGUGACAGCUGGAGAUUAAAGCACACUGCAUAAGACAUAUAGGGGCACAUUGCAAUGAAACUCAGGCCAAACUCCUAUGAUGGAUCUGCUGAGCUGGGGACUACAGUGCCCGUCAGUCCCCUCCGCACAGCCCCUUCCUCCUGGCCAGGUAAGGAAGUGGCAGCCACAUGGCAAGUAAGUGGCUCCAGGGAAACUGAAACAGCAACCGCAUGGCAAGCAGGGAGUUGGAGAGAAGCUGAAUUCAGAGUGGAGUUCCCAGGAAUCAUAUGUGUGGAACAGAGCCAUGUGGGACUUAUGGGGGAGCAGCUGCACUGGGCAGGAACCCAGCACUGAGAGGCCCCAAUGCCAGACACUAACUGAGCCUGGCCUGGAAACCUACAAGUUCCUAUUUGCUUGGAAUAGAGACUGAACGGGAUAGGGCACCCCAAGCACAAGGUGGGACAAGCCCUGACUCUCGAUUGGACUGCCCCAGGGGCCCAAACAUUUACUGCUAUCGCUCUGUUUGAACUGUAAUUGUUUAAGCCUCUGUACCUAAGGUAUCUCCACCUUUCCUUUGCUGCUGGCAUUUCUAAAGCAUUUCUGUUCUUGAUAUGAAAAUUAUUGUCCCCUCUGGCUAAGCAGCAGUUCUGCAGAAAAUGCCCUAAGGGGUUACAGUGGACAAGAAGCUGGAUACGAGUCAGCAGU